GAGCGUUCUUUAUCGAUCAACACGAACUCAUACAAUACAACAUGAUUAGGGUGCAGGAUGUAAACUGAAAAUCGCAAAUUCGUCAUCGAUUAAUAUACACUGGUGUCUGUCCACCAAAGCUCCUAAAUUCCGUUAAAAAUCUCUGCGGUUUACCAGCAUGUUCCUUGUUAGAUUCAACAAAAUCAGGUACAGGUCUCAAAUUCUUCAUUUCUCAGUUUCGUCAUCACCCUUUUCAGUUAAAACAUGCUAUCUAUUGAACUCAGAUGAUAAGAAACCUACCGAAAACAAUAUGAACAUUAACGAACACCAUGUGUUGGAUCAAUUGUCUGUCCUGUUACCCAUCCGCCAUCAUAGCACACCUUCAAUUGAAGAACCCAGUUCGGAAUCGAGUCAAUUGAACCAAAAUCUGGAGAUGUUAUUGUCACCUGAAGAUAAGUUAAGAGGGAUUUUUAUUCAGAAAUUGAAUGGAAAAACUGCAAUUAAACGUGCAUUAACAGUGGCUGCUGUUGAUCUUGAGGUGAGUUCUGAUUUAGUUGCUAAAGUACUGAACAGAGGGAGUUUGAGUGGGCAAGCUAUGGUUACUCUUUUCGAGUGGGCAAUUGAGCAUGGUAAGGUAUUUGAGGAUGUUGACAGUUAUAAUGUAGUUCUUAGAGCGUUAGGGAGAAGGAAAUUCUUUAAUUAUAUGAUCAAUGUGUUAAGUGAAAUGAGGGCGAAAGGGUUGAACCCUAAUUAUGAAACAUUGUUUAUUUUUAUGGAUAGUUUUGUUAAGGCCAGGCGAGUUUCUAAAGCUUUACACAUGUUUGGGAAAUUGGAAGAAUUCGGGAUGGAAUAUGACUUGGAGUCUUUGAAACUUAUGCUGCGAUGCCUUUGUAUGCGUUCUUUCGUAGCCACUGCAAGUUCGCUCCUAAAUAAAAUGAAAGAAAAAGUGCCAUUUGAUAGCGAGACAUAUAACAUAGUCAUACGUGGGUGGUCCAAAUUUGGUAGAGAUAGUGAGAUUGAGAGGGUUUUGAAGGAGAUGGUAGCGGAUGGAUUUGAGCCUGAUAAUUUUACUUUUAGCCACCUACUUGAAGGUUUGGGCCGAGCUGGCCGAAUCGAUGAUGCAGUACAGAUCUUUGAGAAUUUGAAAGAGCAGAAAAGAUGUGUACUAAAUGCUGCUAUUUUCAACGCGAUGAUCUUCAACUUCAUCGCAGUUGGAAAUAUCGAUGAAUGUUUGAAAUACUACGAUGCUAUGUUGAGUAAUAACUGUGAACCAAACAUGGAUACUUAUGUCUCAAUAAUCUCUGCUUUUCUUAAAGUUCGAAGGGUAGCAGAUGCAAUUGAAAUGUUUGAUGAGAUGAUAGGUCGGGGGAUUAUUCCCGCUACUGGGACUGUAACCUCAUUCAUUGAGUCUCUCUGUGGUUAUGGCCCACCACAUGCUGCUAUGAUGAUUUAUAAGAAAGCAAAGGAUGUGGGGUGUACGGUAUCAUUAAGUGCUUACAAGAUAUUACUUAUGCGGCUUUCACGAUUUGGUAAAUGUGGUAUGCUUUUGACCAUAUGGGAUGAGAUGGAACGAGGUGGUUAUUUUUCUGAUGUAGAGGUGUACGAGUACAUCAUCAAUGGACUCUGCAACAAUGGUCAACUUGAAAAUGCUGUGGUCAUCAUGGAAGAUUGUUUGAAGAAAGGGUUUUGCCCUAGUAGGCUUAUUUGUGCCAAGUUGAAUAACAAACUACUGGCUUCAAAUAAAGUAGAGAUGGCUUAUAAACUGUUUUUAAAGAUAAAGAAAGGGCGUUGUGAAGAAAAUGCACGGAAAUACUGGAGAUCUAAAGGGUGGCAUUUUUGAGCUUUCACUGUGAAAAUUGUGGUGAUUAGAAUGCAUCCCACUUUGGCAGUCAGAGUAUCAUAAGAAGUUAUCCUAUAUUUGAGUCUUCACGUUGAUCAAGUGUAGCUUCUUACAUAUAUUUGCAAUUUAGCCACGCGGCUAAGCAUUUUUCU